GAUCGUGGGUCUGAAAUAUAUACCCGACAACGCCGCUCGAACGCUCGCAGAGCAACACCUUCUCCCGACAUAUCAGUUUCCGGUAGAACUGCUCGAGAUUCGCAACAUACCGUCCGAAGUCUGUGUGCAAAAUGCGUACUACCUACCUGUCAUUCCUGUUCUUGUGCCUGUUGGCACUGAAUUGCGCAGUUGUCGGCAGUGCCAAACUCCGAGAAUCAGCGUCUACUACCGGGUCGAAGGUCACGGGCGAAUCAAAAGACUUGGACGCGUCAGCGAGUAGCGACGUAUUUCACUCGAGUAGAGAUUACCGCUUUGAUGGCGGCCCCGGAGGAGAGAGUGGUUUUGGGGGUAUAAGAAGUGGCAUCGGAGUGUAUCCCGGCAUCGAAGGCGGGUCCAUAUACGGGUCUGGGAAUAUAUAUCAAGGUGCCGGGCUGGCACCUGGUUAUCGCGGUUAUCGUGCUGGAGGAUACGGGAAUGGAAUUAUUGGCGGAGGACAUACAGGGUACGGUUAUUACGGCACUACUGGAUAUGGAUCUGGUUCUUCUGGUUACGGUCCUAAUUACGGAGUUGGAGGACUGGAUUCUAACGAUGGUAUUGGAUCUGGAGUUUAUGAUGAUGGAUAUUCGGUUUACGGGAAUACUAGACGUGUCUACAAUGGUUAUGGAGGAAGAGACAGUGCAGGAUAUGAUUCCUACCCGUACCGAGGAAGCGCGAGUUACGGACGCAAUGGUUUUCAACCAUCCGGAUAUCGAGGCUACUCUUAAGGGCAAAUAUCAUCGUGCCUACAAUUUCGGAAACAUAGGCGUGGACAAAGGGUGAUUUGUUGAAAUUUUUCUCACUCGAGUUGAGAAUGUCGUGUCUUUAUUGGACCGAACAUUCGGCUGAAUCCUGAAGAUUUGAACAUCACGACAAAUCCGUAACAUUUAUAUUUUUCAAUUUUUAGAAUUAAGUAAUUUUUCGGAAUAUGUAGUCUGAGCACAUCCUUGGGUCAAAUUUGAAACGUGUUUUAUCAUGAAGUUUGUUCGAGCUGUAAGAAAAAAUGAUUUAUUUACGAACAUAA